AGCUGACCCAGCCUCUGGCUGUGAGAGAGAGCAGCUAGAAGCUGAGACAAGCAAACUCCUCAGUUCCUGCAGGGGACCUAGUGCUAAAGCCUACAGCCAUGACCCGGGACCUGAAGGUGAAGAUGCUGGGAGGUGAAGAGUUCCUGGUGUCCCUGACUAACUCCAUGACGGUGUCAGAACUGAAGAGGCAGAUUGCCCAGAAGACUGGUGUGCCAGCUUUCCAGCACCGCCUGGUCCACCCAAGUGGUGAGAUGCUACAAGAGGGCGUUACCCUCAUCAGCCAGGGCCUGUGCCCUGGCAGCACAGUCAUGCUGAUGGUACAGAAUUGCAACAACCCUCUGAACAUCCUGGUGAGGAAUGAGAGGGGCCGCAGCAGUAUCUAUGAAGUCCGGCUCACACAGACGGUGGCAGAGCUUAAGAGGCAGGUGUCCCAGCAGGAGCAAGUACAGGAAGACCAAUUUUGGCUGAGCUUUGAGGGAAGGCACAUGGAAGACAAACAGCCACUGGGGGAGUAUAGCCUAACGCCCCAGUGCACAGUGUUCAUGAAUUUGCACCUGCGGGGGGAAAUGUCCAUCUGUUGCCUUCUCUUCUACAUCUCUACUGAGGCCGGGUGA